GGUGACAAACAAACAUGGCCGACAUGACUCUGGAUGAUAUCAUCACCCAACGGAAAGUCACGGACUCCAGCCUGGACCAGAUCAUUAAACAGAGGAAAAUAACAUACUCUGGCGGAGGUGAGGACGUCCAACACGGUAAAGGGACAGACACCAGCCUCGACGACUUCAUCAAGAAGAGAAAAAUACGUCUAGGAGCCCAACAGGGAAGCAGACCUUCCGGUAAUCCUAACGGUACCAUGGGAAAAGGUCGUCCUUUAAAAGGUCGACUGGGUCAGCCACUUCAGACAGAUCUUGUCAUUGAGCCCAAGGUGGUUGGUGAUGCAAGGAACAGAAUUAUCCAAAAGAAGAGACUCAGAUUCCGAGAUGCUCGUGACCGCCUCGCAGAAAUUGCUAAACAGGGAGAUGCCCGGGACAAGAUCAACAUGAUUAGGAAAAAGACCCCACCUGUCAAAGUGAAGAAAACCCCAGCUACGUGGAAGAACACUGGCCUGGUGGAAAAAAAUAUCCGAAAUGAAAAUCGUCCAUCGGAUUUAGGAGGCAAGACACGUAUGCAGGGAUCUUCUUUGGUCCGUACUGUAUCUGGUGGAGAUAAUGGUGCGAAAAAUGUCAUUGUUCGGGGAAGGCCAAAUACCUUUCCAAGAAACCCUCCUUCUAAUGGCAGAACACAGUCUUUCUCAAGAUCUGGUGAUGGCAGUCGAUAUCAUCCACUGCCAAACAAUCCACAUGUUGUUACAAUCAAGAAUGACAAGGCUGAUCUCUAUAACCCUUCAUACACCCAAGCACUCAACAGUUUUAGGCAGCAUGAUAUGAGGCCUCCAAGGAUGAAGUUGACAGCUCGCAGCCCACCCUAUAGAUCUAUGGGACUAACUACAGCACAGCCUCCAAUAUAUGGAUUAAGUGGAAUGCGAUCUGAUAUUAUGGCACGAGCACGGUCACCAGCUUAUCGACUCAGAAGGUCACCGGAACCAGAGGAAAUACGUCCAACUCGUCUUAAGAUCACCACUGCAAAUAAUUAUAGGGAACCAAGUCCAUUGUAUGAUGAUGAAUGGGAGUCAGUAGGCAGAUUACCAGUGAGAAUGUCAGCAAGAAUCCCCAGUGGAAGACUGCAUUCAGAUGUUCCUGAGAGAUUAGCAGUCAGAGUACCUGCAAAAAAGAGGCCCAUAUAUGAUGACAAUGAAAUGGAGCCUAUCAAUCGUCCCAAGAAGGUAGCUCCUCUGUCAUCUGGGCUCAUGGCUCGUCUGGAUCAACCCCAGCGACCUGCUGCACCUCAGGGAGGAAAGGUACUUGUGACAAAUUUACACCAUUGUGUGAGUGUAGAAGAUAUGGAAGAAUUGUUUGGAACAAUUGGACCAAUCCUUUCUGCCCGAAUGAUAAGGGAGGGUGUUGCUGAAGCUGUCUUCAUGAAUAUAGAAGAUGCUUUUAGGUCAGUUGAAGUGUUCAAUAACCGCCAGCUUGAUGGACAGCCAAUGUGUGUGACGGUGGUGACCAAGAAGCCUCCAUCCGCUGCUACAGCUCCUCCCCCUCCAGCACCUCCCAGAACACAGACUAAAUCUGUUUUAAAAGCUGCCAGGUACCUACUUUACUGCUAGGUGAACAGGGACCAAGGAGGGCUGGGAAGUGUGUCCAAACAACUUUCCACUGGCCCAGGAAUUGAACCCGCUCUACCACCGGCGGCCCUUUUUGGGGCCAUUUUGAAGUCAUGUGCGCUUAAUAUUAGGAGAUAUUCUGAAGUCAAUAAUAAUUACUCUUUACUCAACAAAAAUGCCUGAAUACAAUACUGCAUUAAAGAAAAAGUAUUGGAAUUUUCUAAUGAAAAGGGGGGUCUGGACCCCCAAGGGCCCCCCCCCCCUCGAUAGUGAUACUAAUACCUGUAGUAUAGUACAGUAGAGUAUAGUAGUAUUGCUGUUAUAGUACUGUAGUAAUAAGUAAUUAGUAGUAGCAUUACUAAUUGUGAAAGUUUUUCAUUUUGUUACAUCAUAAUUUUCUUUGUUUGUUACAUUUCAUAAAAUUUAGGUUGAAUUCUUAGUACUUUAGUUUUUGUUUUGUUAUAUAAUAUUUCAAGUGUUUGUACUGUACUAAUAUAAAAAAAUUUGUUUGUUAUAUGUACCGGUAGAUACUUCAUUUUCUAUAUUAUUCAUUCUAUAUGUGAAGCAUGUACUACCAGUGUGGACAGAGUGCCACUAUGGUCAAGUUGAUAUUUAUUGAAGGAUAGGGAAACUACCUUUGGAAGUGUCAGUAUGGUCUAUUUUGCUAUUAAGUAAAAGCUACCCCUGAGUCACUCUGUGUGGGGCUGGUGGUGAGGGUGGCGGGUUGCAGACCAUAGAGGUGCUAGAGGUCCUUUUUUUUUUUUUGCGCUUUGUCCACUCUGGUUGUAUGUGCCUCAUAUAUAAGAUUGAACUGUGAGGGUGAUGAUGUUCUUAGUAAAUGGUGUCAUAAUUCAUUUCCCUCUUGUACUGUGCAGUAUUGUGUUGAAGGGAGUGGCAGGGGGUGGGGACAUAAUAGUCAUCUCUGUCUGGUUGUAUUAUUCUGGGCAUCUUGUGAAUGUGGUAAUUUAAACAAAUAGAAAUUAGGCUGUCGGACAAGACUGGUUAUCAGUAUGUUCCUACCACACCUCGAACUAGCAGUGGGGUCAUAAUAAUGACAGUUUGACGUAAUCCUGAAGUGAAUGGGAAAGAAAAAAGAUGGUGACCUUUGGUCUGUUAGAGUGGGUAAUACAAGGGUCCUCAUUAUAAGUGCUUAAUGAGAAAAAAGCCACUGAUAAUGAAACCACUUGUAAAGGGGAAUUGAUUCCCAUAAGAAUUAAUAGGAAUAGUGUCUAAUCAGGACCAUCACAUUGUUAGUAACACUCAUAAAGUUUAAUUUGUUAUCUUUAACAGUUAUAUACACCUUAGAAAUAUUUGUUAAACAUUUGAUUACACAUUAUUUUAUAAAAUUAUUUAACUUUAUAACUUAUUUAAGGUACUUAAAGUCAUUUGGGGUCGGUGUGUUGAUGUGACAUAAGCUACCGAACCAUGCAUUCGCACACUCAUUUCAGUGAAAGUGGUUCAUUGAGACACACUCACCACUUUUCUUACGACAUAUAACUUAUAAUUUCAUGUCCAUCCCAUAGCUACUACGCUUCCUUUUAACCACUACCCCACCUUGCUUCCACAACAGAAUUAGUCCACCAAUAUCACCAAUGACACAACAAAGUUGAUAAUUAUAAUUCUUGGAGCACUUCAAAAUAAUACCUGUGGAUACAGGUGACUGGUAUUAAGAAUGCAUAGCGCAGGUGAGAAGGAUGUCCUUUACGAGAAUAGGAGGUGGGUGGGAAUUUCAAUCGCUCCAACGCUUGUGCUUUUAAAGACUGACUGAUUUCAGCCUUAGAAUCUUCUUAUCUUUUGGGACUUUUUAUGUGGAGGUACUCAAUUAUUUGUACAGGACCCCCUGUACAACCGAAGAAGCCAUUGUGCAUAAAUUGGAUAUAGAUGUUGAGCUGUUGGUUGUUAAAGAAGGUAUAAUUGGUUGAGACAGAUAGUAUUCUCCACUUAUGAAAGAAUCUACAGUAUUUAAAGAUUUUAUUGAUGCAAAAGAUGUGAAGUUUGACAAGUUGUUGAUAAAGAGGGAAUUUUUUUUUAUACAAUUAAUGAACAAGGGCCAUGAAAAUUGAUAAUGUAUGUACACGUACUGUACUGUACUGUAUAGUGUAUGCAUGUAAGUCUGUUGAAUCCUAGGAAGGAUAGAAUUGUGGGGAAAAUUACUGAGAAGUAGUGACUGAACAAAAACUUCUUUUAGUGAACCAGUCAGGAUUGAUAUUCAUUAAACUAACUAGCUUGUGCAGCUAAAACUAGAACAUUGAAUUUAUUGGACAUGGAUUCACUAGUGUGCACAUUGUCCACAAAGUUAAGUGAGCUAGAUGAAAAGGCUUAUAAAAAAUUAAGCAAAGUCAGAAGGUGCUAAAAUGUAGGGCAUUGUGGGCUACUUUUGAUGUGAUGCUGUAUUGCUUAUCAAGAUGCAUGUGCAUGUAACAUUUCGUGAAUGAGUAAGUGCUAGUGAGGUAUGAGAAAAGUUGGCUCAUAUGGAGGUUUGGAUGGAGAGACAAGGGUAACUGUAUGCUCCUUACAAAUUCUUUGCCAUCUAGAAAUUUUUUUAUUGUAUUGUUUAAGAUUGGCUUUAAUAUGGUUAAUGUGUCAUAUCAGUUUGAAAUUGUUUUCAUACAAUUCUUGGGGCUUGUGUCUGUAUUGUAAGUAUUUAGAGUGUGCCACUGGGACUAAAAUAUCAUUAUCAUGCAAACUCUGAAACUGUCAACUUAAACAUGAACAAAAACACAGGUAUAUUGGGGCCAUAAACAGAUUUACCUCAACCUUGCUCCCCAAAUUUGGAAAUAGUGUGUUGAGUAAUAAUAUUAUCUCUAAGAUACCUUUAACUUCAUAGAAACUAAUAUACUGUACUACAGUAUUAAUUAUCUAUGAUUUGAAAACUAGCAAGCCCUGUGACUUAAAAUUUAAUUACACAGAAACUGAUAUUUAAUUUUCCAUUACACAGAUGCUAACACAAUAGGCUCUACUUUUAUGUCACAGAAGCUAAUAUUUAUAGAUUUUUAUGUGAUGAAAGAUAUUUUGUCUUAUGUAAAAUGAAAGUCAUUAAAACAGGAUACAGACUGAGGCCAAAUGCUGAGUAACACUAGAAAAUUAUCACAAUAAAUAUACUGGACAGUAUGUGUGUUAAACAUUCAUGAACAGAGACUGACCUGCCAUGUUACUGUUAGGUCACCUGUGAGUCUCUAUCUCAUUGUACUGUAUAUCAGGAAUUGCUUCCAACAAUGUAGCAUUAUUCAUUGUGUCCAUAAGUCUUCUGUUUGACAUUUCAUAACAGUACACCCACUACACCUUCUCUUGAUGGACAAUCGUGACCCCCCCCCCCCCUCCAUUUAUUUUACCAUGCCCAGAAUGGAGUGGGAUGGGGUUGUCUUCUGCCAUAUGAUGAAAAAUAGGGCCACUAUUUACCAUGUGAUCUUGGGCUUUGUAACCAUCUGUUAUCCAGACUUAUAUAGAUUUGAGUAAAUCCCCUUGUUAAGUAACCCCCAUUGAGAAGUCCUGGAUUCACCUCUGAUUAUCAUAUGAGGCGUUCAGUUGGAGAAGAGCGAUCUGGCUACUCUCCCGAAAAAAAACAUUUUCUCUGGUACCAGAAAAUUUCAUCCAUUCUCUGUGUGAUGGUAAGGUCUCCAGAGUGGAAGUUCGCCAUUAUCCACAUAUAAAUUACCAUUAGUUAUGAGGGGUGAAAUGGAUGUGUGACUCCAUAGAAAAAGGAAAACAGCAAUUACUUAAAACAUUGACUUGGCUAGUUCACCCUUAUCAUACUACAGGUGCUCCCCGACUUACGACGGGGUUAGGGACCCAAAUCCAGGUCGUAAGUCCGACUGGUCGUAAGUCUGACAUAGAUAAAA